ACUACUACACCCGCCCAUUUCCUACCUUAGCAUAUUUCGCAUUGAAAGUAUCCUGAUGGAGUGUGUUGGUUUUCAUGACACAAAUUCAGUUCGGAUAAGGUUAGCUAUCUUAAACUUAUUCGUUUACCAGUCUAUUGACGUAACACGAAGACCAGGUGACUUUUUUUUUACCUGGUAGACUAAAGAAGGCAGUUUGGCAACACGAUGGUCGUUACAGGAAUUAUAUAGCAAAUGUGCAAAGAAUACUUUUAGUCCUCUCAGUGACGCGACACGACAAAAGGACAGAAACUCAGCGCUUCAGUGUCAGCUGUGGUGGUGGUAGUGUCAAGUCUGUCCCUCACCGUAACAGCAUCGAGUGAUGGCCGCAGAGGAGAUGACCUUGCUGUCAACGUCCCUCAUACACCCCUCGCCCAGCACCAUGUCACUGCCCCUCAGCGAUGACAGCAAUGCAUCCACCCAAGACUGCAAAGAGGAUGGCUGGGAGGUGGUUGCCUGUCUGCGGGAGGCAACGACUAAUGUGCAGGAACCCAUCAGGAAAGAGGGCCUCCUGUUCAAGAAGAGGAAGUGGCCAAUGAAGGGCUGGCACAAGAGGUACUUUCUAUUGGACAAGGGCAUCCUUAUGUAUGGCAAAACAUUAGCUGACCUGAAGAAGGGGAAGGUCCGUGGCCGCAUUGAUGUUGGGCUCUCAGUCGUGUCCAUUAAGAAGAAAACUAUGUGCAUAGAUCUGGACACAGGGGACAGCAUCUACCAUCUAAAAGUGAAGCCCCUGGAUGUGUUUGAUGAUUGGGUGUUGCAUCUACGGAAUCACCGUGUGUUCCGUCAGAAUGAGAUCGUAAUGGAUCCUCCUGAGCACCAGCACUACUCAGACUCUGGUUCCAUCAGAAAGCGACCUGCCCUCUCUAAACAGCCUUCUCUAAUGUUGAAGAACAGUUUACUGCAGAGCUCAGAAGACAUGAAGAAAUGCUAUAGAGAUCUGUCAGAGUGCGAAUCAUGUCUGCUCGAGCUGAACCUACUGCUGAAGAAUCUGGAAGUAAUACAUCGCUCCUUCUUAACUCCCACAAUCGACAACCUGCAGACUGAGGGUCCUAAGAAGGAAAAGAAAGGACAGAGGAAAUGGAAAUCCAAAGCUCAUAGCAAAAACCGAAAACGCACAUUGCGGGCUUCUGCGUCCCAGCCAUCUCGGCUGCAUGUCUCGAACCCCAACCUGACGCACACUGAACUGAGCUACUCCGAGACACCUGACUCCCCCAUCAAUGCAUAUCAUUUGCAGGGAGACUUCUGCCGGCUGGCCAACACCAUUCACACUACACUGAAGUCCACGUACACUUCCUUGUGUGCAGAGAGAGACAGAUUCAGAAACACUCUGGAACUGAAGAGUAUCCGUGAAGUGGAUGUCUGUGAAGGGCCCUGCCCUCUACUGUACCAGGUGUCCAGUGAGAAUCGAGGGUCAGUCCCUGAGUCUCUGUCUGAGUUCUUUGAUGCGAAAGAGUACCUGCUGUCCUCUAGCUCCUCUGAAAUUGAGGUAUCAGAUAAUGACUCCUGCCUAAGUGAUGGCAGUGAUAAUGUUUCUGAGGAACUCUGUGACAGCGAGAGAGGGACUGAGAGGGACAGUGCAGGCAGUAGCGUGAGUGUGAUGGCGCGCCGCUCUCAGCUGCCAAGCCCAUGCAUGGGUGCUGGUGUCAACCUGUGGAACAUCCUCUCCUCUAACAUUGGAAAAGACCUGUCCAAGGUGGCCAUGCCUGUCCAGCUCAACGAGCCAAUCAACACGCUGCAGAGACUCUGUGAGGAGAUGGAGUACUGCCACCUACUGGACACAGCCGCACACACACAUGACCCAUACAUGCGUAUGGUGUAUGUUGCAGCAUUUGCAGUGUCAGCGUAUGCAUGUACAUACACCAGAGCAGGUGGGAAACCAUUUAAUCCUGUCCUAGGGGAGACAUAUGAGUGUGAGCGUCCAGAUAAAGGCUUCCGCUUCAUCUCUGAGCAGGUCAGCCACCAUCCUCCAGUCUCUGCUUGCCAUUGUGAAUCCAAAAACUUCACUCUGUGGCAGGAUGUCCGAUGGAAGAACAAAUUCUGGGGCAAGUCAAUGGAGAUAGUUCCCAUGGGAACCACACAUAUUGUUUUGCCAAGAUUUGCAGAUCAUUAUGAGCUGAGUAGGGUCACUUCCUGUAUCCAUAACAUCCUAAGUGGCCAGCGCUGGAUAGAGCAAUAUGGCGAUGUGACAAUCAGAAACACUUCUGCCACAGAAGAUCCUGUCCUCUGCAAGAUCACGUUCCUCAAGUCAAGAUCCCAAGGUUCAAGCAGUAAUGAGGUACAGGCAACGGUUACAGAUUCAGAAGGGCAUGUCAUUCACUUGCUUUUCGGCAAAUGGCAUGAGGCCUUUUACCUUGGGGACCCAUCUUCGGCCAUCUGCCUCUGGAGAGCAAACCCCCUACCUCUGAAUUAUGAGAAGUACUAUGGAUUCACUCAGUUCACCAUUGAAUUAAAUGAUUUGGAUGAAAGCAUUCGACCAUUCUUACCUCCAACAGAUACACGUUUCAGACCCGACCAGAGGCUGCUGGAGGAAGGUGAUGUAACUGGAGCAGAAGAACAGAAAAAGAGGAUUGAGGCUCUGCAGAGGGAGAGUAAGAGGAUCCAACAGGAGAACAACACCACUCACACACCACGCUUCUUCAAGUGGACUGAAAAGGACUCAUGGACAAGCAAUGGUACAUACUGGGAGCUGCGGAAAGACCCUGGUUUCAGCAAACUGGAGUUCCCAGUGCUCUGGUGACCAAUCAGGGGCUUCCCCCUGCACUGCUAGACCCUGCCUCCUUUGAGUCCUAAAGGUCUGCCCAGAAUGGCCUUUCACACCAAAACAUUCUUGCUUUCAUUGCACAGAUGCAUCAAGGAUCACACAUUGGUACUUUUAUGCCCAGUACCAGAAUGUACAUGGAAUUCACUUGGUGCAGGCAUCAAACUAAAAUAGAAUAUAGACAAUAGCACCUUACUUUAUUGAAAGCAGAUUAGCAAUCCUUAUUGUUUUAUUCAUAGAAAACAAGAGAAAUACCAUCUGCAUCCAAACAAUAAGUAGGUAUCUGAUCAUAUAGAGUACGCAAGUCUCAAUAUGAUAUGUAUCUUGAUUCAAACUUCAUGAUGCUAUUUACCCUCAUUGUAAUUAUUUUAUUGGGAAAAGAUUAGAUAAUUUACUGAAGAAUAAAAAUCAGAGUAUUUGUGA